GGCCUUGGUGUCACAACCAAUUACGAACGAUCACCCCAGGGAGUGGAAAUGGUCUUUGCGGCAAACUGCAUUGGCCACCAGGAAUUGGUUACCUUGCUCCUACCACUACUGAAACGCACAGCAAACCAGCAUAGUCAAUCCAGAGAAGCCCGGGUUGUUGUCACUAGUUCCUCGCUGCACUCGGUAUGCCGUACCUUGGACUUUAACCAGCUUACCACGCCUACACGUGUGAUGCCUAUGUAUCCGUAUAUUGAUGGCUUCUGGCGUUAUUGUCGUUCCAAGUUAGGAAACAUUCUCUUUACGAGAGAACUCGCUCGUCGAAUUGAGCAAGAAGGCCCCAGCGCUAACAAUAUCUACGUGAAUGUUUUCUUCCCUGGGAAUAUUGUCACAGAGCAAUGGAAAGCCUGGGACGAGUAUGUAGGAACUACUCUCGGUGCAGUUUUCCGUUAUGUCUUUUCAAUCAUUGGGCAAAGUACACAAGACGGCGCCGCCACCGCCGUCUAUCUGGCUACAAGUGAUCGGAUUCGUGUUGAUGGGAUUCGCGGCCAAUACUACAUUCCUAUUGCCAAGCCAGACGCAACGACUGACAUUGGUAAUGACCCGGUUCUCGCCCGCGACCUUUGGGUACGUAUUCUUACGUUCUACCCUCUCUGA